AGAUUCCGCUUGGAGCCCCAGUAUUGAAAUCUCAGGUGAAAUGAAGGAGAAGAACUCUGUCACCGUAACGUGCUCAGCUCUCACUCCCUGUCCACAAUCACCUCCUGAACUCACCUGGAACCUCCAACCAAACCCUCCCAGACAGAUGGAGAGGAACACAAAUGGAACGUUUACAACUACAAUCCAGCAGGACAUCAGUCUGUCAGAGAUCCACGAUGGAUACAACAUCUUCUGUUCUGCCAGAUAUCCUGUGGAUGGAGGAGAAAACAAGACAGCAAAUACAGAAGUGACUCUCAGUGUUUCCUAUGCUCCCAAAGAAACUUCAGCAGCUAGAUGGGUGGAGCUGAACUGCUCCAGCAGAGUCAAUCCUCCCAUCAGCUGCUGGGUUGAAAACAGUACAUAUAAAGCCAGGAUAGUAACUAAAGGAGACGUCAAAUUAAUAGUCUAUGGGGGAGAAGUCGAUCGCUAUAAGGACUCUGAUAAAAACAAGAAACUGCUGAUUCCCCUCAUUACAGUGACCAUUGUGGCUGUGCUCGUCUUCCUGGUUCUAUGGUUUUUGAAGUCCAGACGAACUGCUGUACAACACAAUCAGACCAAAGCAUCUGAGGAGCCUGGUGUUCUUGCAUCUUUAGAUGGUGUUCUUCAACCACCAUCUAAUGAAACGCGGGAAGAACUUCACUAUGAGGAUGUGAACUUCAGAAAAAAACGUAGCUGUGCAUCAGAGAGUACCAGUAGAGACCAGCAGGAGACGCUGUACGCUCAGGUCAAAGUGUCUGAGCCAAAGAAAGGACCAACUCAGACUGCUGACAGCUCAGAUCCUCUCUACUCUACGGGCUUCUUUUCAAUCACCUCUUCAUCUAGGAGUAUAAGAGGAGCUUUCUGCCAGCACUUUGACACCUGAGUAUUUGCCAGUUAUGGUGUUUCCUUUAAGCAGUGUUGUAGUCAAGACUACCUAAUCCGAGACCAAGACAAGAGCAAGACCGAGGGAAGUCAGGA